CCGGAGCACGUGGAACGGUUCACGGAGGUCACAGCAACACGCGGGGCGGGGAUUCCCGGACUGUCCCAAGCACCGGGAUCGUUUUUUUUACCCUGGCCUAAUCUCAUCACUUGUUUCAAGCAAAUCAUGUCACGGAGAACCACUCCCCUUCAGGAUGCCAUUAAUCACAUCCUUGCAAGAAGAGACAAGAAUUCAAUGUUAGAAAUCAAAUUUAUUAAUUCAGUUAAAGGUCGUGGCAUCUUCACUUUAGCCAAUUUCAAACAAGGAGACUUUGUGGUCGAGUAUAGAGGGGAGCUUAUUGAUGCAACUGAAGCUGAACACAGACGUAACCUGUACCCCAGCGCAUGUUCAGUCUUCAUGUUUGAAUUCAUAUGGAAGCAGAAGACAUUGUGUAUUGAUGGAGCACUUGAAGAUGGGUCAUUUGGGCGACUAGUAAACGAUGAACACAGGACACCAAAUUGCAGAAUGAAGUUGAUUGAAGCAGAAGGGAAGCCACAUCUCUGCCUUUUUGCACUGAAGGAAAUUGCGGCAGGAAGUGAAAUUACUUAUGACUAUGGUGGGAAAGAAUGGCCCUGGCGGAAAAAGCUAAAGAUCGCAAGCAUCCCUUCUGGUCAACAGUGUGUUGCAGAGCCUAUUGCCCAUGACGUGGAGCACCAUGUGAUCUCUACAGACUCAUUCACAGACAGAGAAUUAAGAGCAGAGUGUCAGUCAUCUAGACCUACAGCAGACAACUCUGAGCAUGAGGUGCAUUCUGUUGGAGGUCAGCAUGGCACUUCUUCUCUGAAAGAGUUAAUUGGUGAAGUUGGUGUCCAGUAUCAGGAGUUGUCACCCCAAGCGUUCUCAGAAGAACUUACCAGUGAGAGCAAAUCGAAAGAGGUGCCACAAUCAUCCAGAGCUGUGCCUAAUGACUCUGCUUGUGAGUGUACAAUUCAUAGGCUGGUAUUUGAAUCGGUGAAACUUGACAAAUGCGGGAUAUGCCAUUCACCUUUGACAGCUAUCAGAUGGCACGGUCUAAGAUGCAAGCAAUGCCGUUGUGUGUGGCAUAAGAUCUGCCUCCAGACAUCUUCAGAAGACUGGGAUAUGUCCGACGGUGAUGUCUCAUCUGAUGAAGAAUACAUCCCAAAUUCUGCAUCAGAUUCAGAAAGCUCAGGAACAGAGUUGUCUAUUGAGUUACCUGGACCAUCAAAAAACUCCCAUGCUGCUAGCAUGCCUGAUUUAUGCGUUACUUUUGCUGAAAAAGAACAGACCAUGGAUGUUAAGAACAACUUUGAGCACAUUUUGAAUGAUCUUGAAACUACUGAUGAUCUUCAUCCCGACCAAGAACCAGACAGCUCAGAGUCAUGCCAGCAGAAAACAAAAGAUGCAUGUAGCGAAAAGAGUACUGUGGAUAUUAGCCAAAAUGAAUCCCCAACCAAGUCAACAAAAUUAAUCAAAAGCACAGUCAAUUUUUGUUUUGCGUGUGGAAAACCUCAAACAAAAUUUGCACGUCAUCUGGAGACGCAUGUAAAUGAAAAUGCUGAAGUCGCCCAGGUGCUUCAGUUACCCAAAUCAUCAAAGGACAGAAAAGUUCAUCUUGAAAGGUUACGAAACCUUGGUAACUUCAAGCACAACUCUGCUGUUAAAACCACAGGAUCAGGUUGUCUUAAAGUGAAAAGGAUCUCAAAAAAGAGCAGCAGCAGCGCUGAGACAUACGAAUACUGCUUAUACUGUAAGGGUAUGAUAUCCAGAAAAGAAGUUUCUCGGCAUAUGAAAAGAUGUGCUUUAAGACCAGAGAAUAAUGCUGAAGAGAAGCUGAAAGAUAGAGUCUUUGGUAUAGCAUCUACUCAAUCCACAAUGUCUCAGCCAAUUUCAAGUGAACUCUACUCAGUACUGGGCAAGAUGCACAAGGAUGAUGUGUCUAGUGCAAUAAGGAAUGAUCAUUAUAUUAUGCAGUUGGCUCAGUCUCUUUUUAAUAAGCAUGGAAGUGACAGAUCAAAGCAUGAGUAUAUAAGACAGAAAGUAAGGGAACUUGGGAGAUUACUUGUGACUUUGCGUCACACAACAAGAAUCCAUAAUAUGGAAGAGGCAAUAAAACCAGCCAACUUCUUUAUUCUUACUAAUGCUGUCAAGAGAGUUUCAGGUUUUGAUACUGAAACCAGCACAUUCAAAGCCCCAAGUUUGGCCCUGAAGCUUGGACAUUCUCUCAGAAAAAUAAGUGAUAUUAUCAUGUGUCGUGCUCUCAUGGAAGAGGAUCAAGAGGCGAUCGAUUCAAUCAGGAGGUUUCACACACUUCAUGAAACAAAGUGGUCUGAAUUAGUUUCCCAUUCAGCCUUAUCAAACCUGAGUGAGGCAAAAUACAACAAGGUCGACAGCCUUCCACUGACCAGAGAUGUUCAGAAGCUGCAGUUAUAUCUUGGUCAGCAAGUGGAAUCGGCUAGGGAGAAACUAGGUGAUAACCCAACAGCAGGAACUUAUGCAGCACUAGCAAAGGUGAUCCUUUGUCAAGUGAUUUUGUUCAAUAGGAGGAGGGAAGGUGAAGUAGCACGUAUGACUGUCAAAAAUUUUGAAGAUCGUGACAUGUCCAAACUAAACGAAGACAUCAGCUCUGGGCUUACAGAAGUUGAGAAAAGGCUUUGCCAACAGUUUGCCAGAGUGGAACUGAAGGGGAAAAAAGGACGAAAGGUGGCUGUGAUCCUGACUUCUGAUAUGACCGAUAACCUGUCACUCCUCGUUAGUAAGAGGAAAGAGUGCGGGGUAUCUGAAAACAAUAUGUACCUUUUCGCCAUUCCUUGUAGUGAUGGUCACUACAGAGGGCAGUUUGGUCAGUUUGCAGAUGCUUGCGGAGCUGAACAUCCUCAGAACCUCAGAUCAACUAACCUUCGCAAACAGAUUGCCACGAUAAGCCAAGUCAUGAACUUGAAAGAUAAUGAACUAGACCAGCUGGCCGAUUUCCUCGGCCAUGACAUUAGGGUCCAUAGAGAAUACUAUCGACUGCCCCAAUCAACAAUUCAGCUGGCUAAGAUCUCCAAGUUGCUCAUGGCCAUGGAGAAGGGAAGUGUGAAGGAUAUUCAAGGAAAAACUCUGGAUGAAAUUGGUGAUGACAUAGAUGGGAUGGCUACUGGAUCACAGCAACUCCCUGAUGCUUCCACAUUGCGAGAAAAAUCUAUCAAUGACAAUGAAGAAAUAUUAACUUCUGUGACUUCUGAUUUGCCUCACUUCUCCGAGACUGCAGCUCAAGAUGACCAGGGGAAUGAUGCCUGUGUGACUUCUGGUUCACCUCCUGUCCCUGACUCAGUUACUAAAGGUUUACGUGUUUCAUCAAGGCGGUGUGUGAAGAGACCAUGGUCUGAGGAGGAGAUAGGAGCGGUGAUGAAACAUAUGAAGCCUUUUAUUGAAAACGGUAUCACUGUCACCAACCAGCAGUGUCUGAAGUGCAAAGAAAAGGAACAACCUAUCUUGGAGACGAGAUCUAUUCAAAACAUUCGAGAUUUUGUGCGCAACAGAGGACUGGCCUUUAAAAAAAAUAAAUAAAUGUUAAACACUAAAUGCACUUUUUGACAGUCUGAGCCUUUACCUUUCUGGGCCUGAUUUCAAGGUUAGUGUUCUCCAUUCAAAAAGUAUGUAGUUGACUUCACUGUGCUCACAGGCAGUGUUUUGUUUUGAUGUGUGGUUAGCCUGAGUCUUUUAAUGCCAGGAUUCACUUUUAUUUUCCUUCAAUAAUUGUUACAAUGCUGUCCUUUUAAGGAAUUGAUUAUUGAGUUGGUUAUAUUAAAUAUAGUUCAGUAAUUCAACAAAUGUGUUGUGUGUUGAUAUAAGUCUUAUGUAUAAGUCAUGGUGUCAGCCCGACUCACCCCUGGUGUGCAAAGGUGCUGUUUUAUUGGUCAGCCACUCAGUGCCAGUUUCUUCAGGACAAUGAAAAACUCUAUAAUACAUAGUUUGUUCUAGUUGAUGCAAGCACUGUUGUGUUAUGCUUCUAGUUGUUUUAAUGACACUUUGACCACCUGUUAGUAGAUCACAACAGAUAUGAUCUGUGGUGUUUUAUGUAAGCUUGUAUGUCAGAUUGUAAUGCUCAUCAGAGAAAACCAAAAUGUAGUCUUUUUAUUAUUUUUUUAAUUUAUUCAUCCAUCCAUCUUCAACCGCUUAUCCGAGGCCGGGUCGCGGGGGCAGCAGCCUAAGCAAAUUUAUUCAAUUUUACUAUAAUGUAUCAGUCACAGUCUUAUAAUACACGUUCUUUUCUAAGAAGGUUAUACUUAGUGCAUGUGUGAGUAUAUGUACAGUGAACUGGCUUUACACACCAUGUGUCCUUUUAAACCAGAUUUACUCAGUGUGUGUGUGUGUACAGUAGACUGGCUUUACACACCAUGUGUCCCUUCAGAACAGACUAUACUUUGUGUAUAUGUAUGAUGACAUCACUGACCUUGUACACCAGACUGUCCUUAUAGACCGAGCUACAGAAAAGUCUGUACAAACCACCAGAAUGUCUGAAAAAAAAAUAGCCUUUUUUAUAUCUCAGUCGAGCAAAGAAAAUGUUUAAAUUUUAAGUUGUGUAUAGGUUUGCUGAUUUUUGAUAUGCAUAUUGUAGCUCUAGCACCUCUGGAACCCGGUGUCCCCAUAGCCCUAUGUCCAGUCUGAUUUGCCAAAAAUUUCAGAAAUUGUCCCUCUAACCCAAGAAA